AUGGGGAAAUUGUUUAAGAUUUUCUUACAUUUCUCUGCUUUGAAAUAUCUUGUUAGAGUUAAGGAAGGGUUUGAUGAUGUUUCCAGGGCAAGAAUGAACAGUGAGCUGAAAGCAAUUAGGCUAAGUUUGAGUGCUAAGUCCGUAGAAAAAUUGAGUAAAUCGAGAAAAGGUUCCUUGAGUAAGGAAGUACUUUCCAGAUUAAGCACGAGUAUUGUGGCGCUGGCGUCAUUCGAUGGUGAUACCCAAUUACACGAAUGCACGGGCACAUGCAUCGAAAGCUCAUGUCCUGAUGCCACGUAUUUCCUAACAUCGAUAAAUUUGGUUCCUUAUACUUGGCGGUUAGGGAAGAUCACUGAAAGUUUGACGAUUAAAGUACGCCUUCCUGAUGAUCAGAUUGUCACUGGGUGGAUAGAGAAUCCUGAGAUAUAUGUUGAUUUUUUUAUCGUCAAAAUCAAGAAUGAUGAUGUUAUUGAUCCCCCCCAUCUAUGUCAUCUAAGUCUUGAUCGUGCCACGCAGUUUGAGCCUUAUAGGAAGGUAGCAGCUGUAUGGCGGCAUUAUGAUUCAGGAGAAUUAAAGACCACAACUGGAGUAGAUCUUGCCUCUGUAUGCGCUCUUACAGAUGAGGAGAUGUUAAGCACAUGCCGUAUCCAUGAGGUGGGGAUUGGAGGUCCCCUUGUUGAUUUUGAUGGCAACUUUGUUGGGAUGAACUGCUCUGGUACCAAACAAAGAAAGACCCCGUACGUACGAAGGCCUUCAAUUCGUGAAUUCAUGUGGUUUCGCGGCAUGGUCAGUGUUAAGGAAGAGGUUGAUGAAGCUGUAACUGCAAGAUUUAAAAGUCGUUAUGGAGAUUCAGCUUUCCUCAGGGCAGGAGGUGGGCAAUACAUAAAUCUUCUUGAUGAUACGUUCAAGAAGGAUAUCUUGAGGAAACCAUUGGGAGGUUUUGGAUUAGAAAUGGAUCGAAGUGCCUACUCACUUGCUUCAGAAUCAAGCAAACUUCUUGCUUCAAAAAUGAAUCGAAGUGUUGUCUCACUUGCUUCAUUCAAUGGAUUUGCAAAAAAGUUUUCUUGCUCAGGUGUAUUUAUAAAGGGCGAAGCAUGCUCUGCAACAAUUCUGACUUCAGCAAGUUUGUUCAGAGUUCCUGGCAGUUCACACAUGAUCGAUGAUAACUUGAGGAUUAAAGUUUGCCUUCCAAACCAAUAUCGAGUUGUAGGGAUAUUGAACUGUUAUAAUUUACAGUACAAUGUUGCUCUUGUUGACAUCAUGGGAUUCUGGCGUCCUCGUACAAUAAAAAUCCAUGGGCAUCCAGUUACCUCAUCUAUGGACGUAAUAGCUGUGGGUAGUCUUUUUGCAUGUCACAAACUAAUGGCUGUUGAGGGGAAGGUGUUGAUUGGCAAACAAAGCAAACUUGAUUGCAAAGAACUUUGUGUCUCCACCUGUAAAAUCACCAAGGCUGGGAUUGGGGGGCCUCUUAUUGACAAUGAUGGGAAUUUUGUUGGAAUGAACUUUUAUGAUGAGGAAGAAACUCCGUUCCUGCCGAGGGAUGUUAUUCACCACCUCUUGUUGAACUUCAAUAAAAAACGGACUAGUGCAGAUGCUACUAUUGUCGAGGAUGUUGAAAACAGAUGGUUGUUGCCUGUCGGGACACACAGAAACACUGAAACUGUUGCACCGAUUGAUGGAAACAAAUGGCCGUUGCCUGAGCCACGCUACGUUGGUCGUAGAGCCAACCCUUUGCCACGUCAAAAAUGGCCUCUGCCUCGUGGCCGAAAGCCUCUGCCUGGCAGGCUGAAUGAGGUCAUGCUAGCUUCAGGAAUCUCAUCCAGGAAUCUCCAGCGAGAGAACAAGCCAUCGAAAUGCAUUGAAAAUGCUCUCAGUUGCCGCAUCGGCAACAGGAGGAUGAAGGCCGUGCCAUGGCUUUUCCGCCUCCAUCCAGCGCGGCCACCACCAAGGCCACCACAAGCAUAG